CGUUAACGUUACUGUGAAAAUGUGGUUUUCUAAUGUUUAAAUUGUGAUUUUAAAGUUGAAGAAAUACAGUGCUUAGUUAUUUGGUUGAAUAAAAAAUGUUCUGUACUUUAAUUCUAGAUUUGACUCAAUGGCCACAACAAAACGAGGGAAACCCCCUCUAAGAGACGCAAGGGAGCAUGCUGCCAAGGCUGUCGACAAGACAGCAAAAUUGGAAGUGAAAUUUAUCAGUUCUAUUAAAGGUCGAGGUGUGUUUGCCACGGAUCAUUUCCAAAAAGGAGAUUUUGUUGUGGAGUACAGGGGAGAAUUGAUAAGUUUCAGUGAAGCAGAAAAGAGGAGGACAACGUACGAUGACAGAUGUGCUGUCUUCUUAUUUGAUUUCUAUUGGCAAGAAAAAUGGUGGUGUAUUGAUGCAGCUAUAGAAGACGGAAGUCUUGGAAGGCUUGUGAAUGAUGAUGACAAGAACCCAAACUGCAAAAUGAAGAUCAUUGUGGAUGGUGAGCCACACCUCUGUCUCUUUGCUGUAAGGGAUAUUAGUCCUGGAGAAGAAGUAACUUAUGACUACGGUGGAACUGAUUGGCCAUGGAGGACAAAGGGAGAGCAGUCAGCUGCGAUUAGUUGUGUAGAAACUCAAGACUGUGGAACAUCUGAACAUCAGGUUCCUCCGAGAUCAUCUCUGUCCAAGAAAAAGAUUUGUUGUACAGACUCUGCAUCCGAUGCCAGCUCUUCAGAAGAGGACCAGGUUUCUGGUCCAAAACUGAGGACGACACAGUGCUUACAGGUAAUCAUUGUGUGA